AUGAUUCUGCUGCAGUUCUUCGUUUCUGGGAUGCUUUCGGGUGUUACUUGUGAGGACCUUAUUCUUGUCCAGACGGUUUUUCGGCACGGCGAUAGGGCACCCAUUGGAGGAAGCACAUCUCCGGAGUCUAGGGCGUACUAUUUCAGAGGAAAGGAACAUCUCACUAAUAAAGGUCUCGAUCAAGCGCGAGAGCUAGGACUCAGUUUGAAGCGUCGAUAUGCCGACAUAGGUCUUUUGGAUGCUCGAUAUAUUCCUUCUGAGGUUAUGUUCCGAAGUAGCCCAUCGGAAAGAUGCUUAAUGACGGCUUCUGCAGUUGCAUCAGCCAUUUUCAACGAAACCGAAACUGGCCAGCCGACCUUUGUCCCAGUUUUCACUGCUCCUAGGGAUAAAGAAUUCGUGUGCUUACCACGAAUACACUGUCCUCUUGUACUGAGAGAAAUGAUGCAAAAGCUCAGAGUCGAAGGAGCCACAUGGAAUCUGGGCGAUUUGCUAGCUGAGCUAUUCGAACAAGAAUCAAAGCGAAUGAACUAUACUCAUGUAGUCGGUGACAGGCUCAAAAUUUUUGAGCCUUUGUUUCUCGAGUACGAAUCAGGACUUGCUGUACCACAAUGGUUUAAUGAUGACGCGAGGAAGGAGGCAGAUCACCUACUUGACUUGACUGUCGAGUUCAUGUCUGGUGUUGGUCAAUUUCACAGUCGCAAAUGGAUUCACACGCGAUCCGGCAAAUUACUUGCAACCAUUUUAAAAAACAUGCAAAAAACGACUAAACAAGAACCAACGGGCAAAAAGUUCCUGGCUUAUUCCACGCACGACGUAACCAUUUCGGCACUGCUAGAGUCUAUGGGUAUACUAAAAGAUGCACUAGCUCCACAUGCAUUAGCUCCACAAGGUCGUCCAGCCUUCACAGCUACUGUUGUCUUCGAAUUAUGGCGGAAUGACACGCAAAAUUAUGUGAAGGUUUUCUAUCGUCGCGGUCCAGGAACAGACGAGUACAAUGAACUAACCCACUCCGUAAACGGGUGUAAGAACACACAAUAUUGUCUUUUGGAACUUUUCUCAAAGUCAGUGGAAAAGUUCUCUAACGACCAUCCAGAACUUCUCUGUCCGAGCCACCAUGAGAAUUCUUCAUGUAAAUGCGAAAUCGAGCCAACGACGAUCAUAUUCAUGGUAACCACGGGUCUCUUCGCACUGCUAUUCUUCGUAGCGCUCUUCUUUCUCAUGCACCGACGCAAUCAUGUGAACCCAAACACAGAUGCGCUGGAAUCCAGCAAGUGA